AUGGGCCCAAGACGGCAUGGAUGGGGUGGAAAGAAAAGACAUAAAAAAACAAAAAGGCCAGCAAAGAAACAGAAAACUGAAAAUGGCAAGAGAUCACUACCAGAAAAGCCAAGUGAAACCAGAGAGGCAUCUCAGGAGGUGCUAGAAUCCAGCUCGUCUGAAAGUGAAGAGGAGAUAAGUGACUACCAGAAACUUAUGUUCUCCAUCAAGACUUCAGGUGCUGGUACAGAUGAUGCAGAAUCAAGUGAGGAAGAAGAUGAUGAUGUAGGUGACAAUAACAAAGAUGAGAAUGAAGAUGAUAAUAUCAGUGAUGAUGAGUUAGAAGAAGAAGAUGAAGAGAUGGAUAAUGUUAAUGAGGUGAAGGGAAAAGUCAUGGCAACAAAAAAUAUAGAGGAGGAGGAAGAGGUCAUUGGGAGUGAUGAAGAUGAAGAGCAUUUCCAAAUGAAAGAAUCAGAUCCUUUCAGCAUUCAUUUUGAAAAUGACAAAGAGGAAGACUUAAUCACAGAUUUGGAGAAGAAAGAAUCAUGGAAGAAAUCGAAUACAAAGGUCCCACAUAUCGGCAGUGCCUCUGUCAUGACCUCAACACACCAGUCCAAAGUCAACUCCACAGACCGGGACCUAAAGAAGCAAUAUGUGAAGUCUAAGCUGUGUACUCAGGUGUUAGAGACAAAUAAGAAACAGUGUGAUGUGGAACAGGACUUUGGAGACUAUCCUUUGACUGGUUUCCAGGAAAGCUUGUUUAAGAUUAUCAAUAAUUAUCAGGACCUGUAUCUACCUAACAGAACGAUUUCUAAUGGAGAACAGAUUCGUCUUGUAUAUUGUCUUCAUGCUCUCAACCAUGUCCUUAAAACUAGAAGUCGGGUCAUUACCCAUAACACUAAGCUGAAGAAACGAGGCGAAGACCAAACAGAUUCCAGUGAAUACAGAGAUCAGGGCCUAACUCGUCCAAAAGUCCUAAUAGUUCUUCCAUUCAGAGAAGCUGCUCUUCGUGUGGUUAAGAUGAUGACUAGUCUGUUGAUACCCAAGGACCAGAAACAUGUGAUUGGUAAUAGAAAAAGAUUUUACUCAGAAUAUACAGAACUGGAUAAAGAUAUCAAGAAACCAGCAAACAAACCUGCUGAAUACGACGAAAUAUUUUCCGGAAAUAUUGAUGAUCAUUUCCGUGUAGGCAUUAGUGUAGCCAAAAACACCCUCAAACUGUAUACACCUUUCUACAGUUCUGACAUCAUUCUCGCUUCACCUCUUGGUUUACGCACAGUGAUUGGAGCAGAGGGAGAUAAGGAACGUGACUAUGACUUCCUGAAUUCCAUUGAGCUCCUGAUAUUUGAUCAAGCUGACAUCUUCCUGAUGCAGAACUGGGACCACAUUACUCACCUGAUGAAGCAUCUCCACCUUCAACCAUCAGAAGCUCAUGGUGUGGACUUCUCUCGCGUCAGGAUGUGGACUGUUAAUGGCUGGUCCAAGUUUUACAGACAGACUCUGAUGUUCAGCUCAGUGGGAGCUCCUCAGAUUAAUGCCAUCUUCAAUAGACACUGUUACAAUUACGCAGGCAUGAUGAUGAUAACACGCCCCAAUACCAGUGGAACAAUCUGUCAGAUUGUUAUACAGCUGCCACAGACUUACCACAAAGUAAAGACUACCAGUUACUCCUCGGCGGCUGAUGACCGAUUCGAGUUCUUCAUCAAGAAGAUACUGCCGCACCAAAAGGAAGCACUGAAAGCACAGACGCUGCUAUUUGUUCCGUCCUAUUUCGACUUUGUCAGACUCCGUAAUCAUUUUGUCCGAGAAGAUUUGGACUUUUCACAGAUCUGCGAGUAUUCUAGUGACAAAAAUAACUCUCGGUCAAGGAGCUACUUCUUCCAUGGAAAUGCCCACUUCCUGUUGUACACUGAGAGAGCACAUUUCUUUAAGAGAUUCAAGUUACGAGGUAUCCGCCAUAUCGUGUUCUAUGAACUACCCACUUACCCACACUACUACAGCGAGUUGUGUAACAUGAUUCAGGACUUGCACAGUCUGAAGGAGGGUGAUACAUGUACUUGUACAGCAAUGUACACUCCAUAUGACGCACAGAAACUGGCUGAGGUUGUGGGCACCAACAGAACUUCCAUCAUGAUUAACUCUAGUAAAACUACACACAUGUUUGUAACAGGGGAUGAUACGUGACACCACUUCAAUUCAUAGGACAAAUCUUAAAAUGUAUUCAGGGCAAAAUUUUAAACAAACUGUGCGAACAUUUUGUAAAUCAAUAUUUUAUUCCUGGAUUGUAACUGCACUAAGACUCUUUCUUUUAGUUUUUUUAAAACGAAUAUCUCUCAUUUUUCCAAUGGGAUCAGUGAAACAAUGAUGAAAAUGUCAGAAAUUAUAUCUUUCUGAAACAACUGAUAACAUAUGCUUAUGCAAAAGUAUUUGAACCAUAACUUAUUCUAGCUAUUGUAUAUGAAUAGCAAGUCUGUUGCCAUAGAUUUUCUGACAUGGUUAAAGUCACAUUUUCAAGCAUUAUGAAUGUCUUAUUAUGAAUUAUUAAUGUUCAGAUGUUUGGUAUCAGUACCAAUUCUAUUUCUUUAAUAUUAUCUUGUUGUCUAAGAAAAUAAUAUGAAUAAACUGUCGUAUAAUACACUA